UCGGCGAUAGAUUUCACUGGUAGUUUUGAAGUGCAAUCUCAACAUGUCGCAGCAAUUUGUGCUCUUCGAGUCCGCGUCGGGCUACGCCCUCUUUGAAGUCGUCGAAGCCGAGCAGAUUGGCCAGCUCUUGGACCAGGUCCAGAAGGGCGUGCAGGACCUCGCCAAGUUUGGCGCCGCCGUCAAGCUCAAGGCCUUCUCGCCGUUCACGUCGGCCGAGUCGGCGCUUGAGAACAUCAACUCGAUCUCGGAAGGUCUCGUGACCGACGACCUCAAGGCGUUUUUGGAGAUGAACCUCCCGACGUCGUCCAAGAAGGCCAAGUACACGCUCGGCCUCACGGACAAGGGCCUCGCGCAGUCGCUCACGGACGCGCUCAAGAUCCCUUGCAACACGAACGAGACGUCGCUCGAGGUGCUCCGCGGCGUGCGCCUCCACUUUGCCAAGUUUAUCAAGGAGCUCGACAACGGCAACCUCGCCAAGGCGCAGCUCGGUCUCGGCCACUCGUAUUCGCGUGCCAAGGUCAAGUUCAACGUCAACCGCGCCGACAACAUGAUCAUCCAAGCCAUUGCGCUCCUCGACCAGAUGGACAAGGACGUCAACACGUUUGCCAUGCGCGUGCGUGAAUGGUACUCGUGGCACUUUCCCGAGCUCGUCAAGAUCGUCAACGACAACUACGUGUACGCGCGCUGCGCGUCGUUCAUCAAGAACCGCAACACGCUCUCGGACGACUCGAUCGAGGCGCUCGCCGCCAUCACGAUGGACGAAGACAAGGCGACGCAGAUCGUCCACGCUGCCCGCACGUCCAUGGGCAUGGACAUGUCGGAGAUCGACAUGAUCAACGUCGAUGCGUUCACGACACGCCUCAUCAAGCUCGCCGAGUACCGCCGCCAGCUCCAUGGCUACCUCGUCUCCAAGAUGAGCGUGGUCGCGCCCAACCUUGCCGCGCUCAUCGGCGAGACGGUCGGCGCGCGCCUCAUCUCGCACGCUGGUUCGCUCACGAACCUCGCCAAGUGCCCGGCCUCGACGGUCCAGAUUCUCGGCGCCGAGAAGGCCCUCUUCCGUGCGCUCAAGACGCGCGGCAACACGCCCAAGUACGGUCUCCUCUUCCACUCGAGCUUCAUUGGCCGCGCGGCGUCCAAGAACAAGGGCCGCAUCUCGCGCUACCUCGCCAACAAGUGCGCGAUCGCGUCGCGUAUCGACUCGUUCAUUGACGAGCCGACCACCAAGUACGGCGACCAGAUGAAGGAGCAGGUCGAGGAGCGCCUUGCGUUCUACGAGUCGGGCGCGGCGCCGCGCAAGAACCUCGAUGUCAUGCAGGGCGUCGCCGAUGCGCUCAAGCAGGCGGCCGCCGCGCCGCUGAAGAAGGAGAAGAAGCGCAAGAGCGAAGACAAGUCGUCCAAGAAGUCGAAGAAGGCCAAGAAGGAAGAGGUCGAGGAGGAAGAAGUCGUCGUUGAGGCGGACAAGAAGAAGAAGAAGAAGAAGAAGAACAAGGAGUAAACACACUUGCCACAAGUUGCGUCCGCCAACUUGAGAUGGGAUAAAUACAACUAUAUAUACUACACGUGUGCCUUAGUCGA